GUCGGAUCCCCGCGUGACAUCAUCUCUGACAUCAUCCUUGGGAGUGAUGUCAUGUCUCGCAAUACCCUCGGGGAUGAAAGAAGUGACGUCAUCCUCGGGCAUGACAUCAUCAGGGAAGUCAUUCCAAGCAGAGGUGUCACCAUCGUUCGCACUGAUGAUGUCACCAGUGAGGUCACCGGUGGGUUCGACUUCCUGGUUAGCGACACCUCCCGUGAGGUCAUCUCCAGGGAUGAUGUCAACAGCAAGGUCAUCCCCAGGGAGGGAGGGAAUAAGAUCGUGAGCGGCGAUGACAUCAUCGGCGCCGAUAUCCCUAGGGAGGGAGGAAGGGAUGUUGUCCCCAGUGAUGAUGUCAUCAGUGAGGUCAUUUCUAGACAUGACAUCACCAGCCAGCUCGUCCCCAGGAAGGGAGGAAGUGACAUCACGCCUGGUGAUUAUCUCACCAGCAAAGAUGUCCCCGGUGAUGAUGUCACCGGUGAGGUCAUUCCCAGGGAAGAUGCCACCAGCAAUGUUGUCCUCAGGAAGGGAGGAAAUGACAUCAGUCUUGGUGAUGACAUCACCAGCGAGGGCUUCCUCAGGGACAAAGGAAGGGACGUCAUCUCUGUCGAUGAGGUCAGCAACAAUGUCAUCCCCAGGGACCGAGGGAGUGACAUCACCCUCAGCCGUGACAUCACCGGGGAGGGAGAAAACGACGUCAUCCCUGAUGACAUCACCAGCAGGGACAUCCCCAGGGAGAGGGGAGGGGCUGCCACCCCCCGCGGUGACAUCACCGGGGUGGGCGGCCGCAACGUCAGCACUCUCUGUGACGUCACAAGGGGCAGCGACAUCAGCAGUGAUGUCAUCGCUGGGGACGCCCUCGUCAUCGUGAUGUCACCUCUGAUGUCACUAUUGUCUGGGACUGGGACUGGGACAUCGCUGUCCCCAAUGUCCCCAUCCCCAAUGACGUCACCUCUGAUGUCACCAACGUCCUCGACCGGACAAACUGGGACAUCCCUGUCCCAAACAUCCCCGUCCCCAAUGAACUGGGAUGUCCCCGUCCCCAACGACGUCACCUCUGAUGUCACCAACGUCCCCUGGGACUGGGACAUCGCUGUCCCCAGUGACAUCACCUCUGAUGUCACUAUUGUCCCCCGGGACUGGGACAUCCCCGUCCCCAACGUCCCUCAGGGUCGGGACAUCCCUGAUGUCCUUGUCCCCGAUGUCGCUCGGGAUGGUGACAUCCCUGUCCCCAACAUCCCCAGUGAUGUCACCUCUGACGUCACCAACGUCCCCUGGGACUGGGACAUCCCCGUCCCCAACGUCCCCAAUCGCCUCAUCCCUCAGGGUGGUGACAUCCCUGUCCCCAAGAACUGGGAUGUCCCCAAUGUCCUCGACCGGAUGGGAGGUGACAUCCGUGUCCCCGAUGUCCCUCGGGGUGGUGACAUCCCUGUCCCCAAGAGGUGGGACAUCCCUGUCCCCAAAAUCUUUUGGAGUGGUGACAUCCCUGUCCCCAACAUCCCUCAGGAUGGUGACAUCCCUGUCCCUGACAUCUUUGUCCCCGAGAUCUGGGAUGUCCCCAACGUCCUUGACCAGAUGGGUGGUGACAUCCCUGUCCCCAGUGUCCCUCAGGAUGGUGACACCCUUGUCCCCAACGUCCCUGAGGGUGGUGACAUCCCUGUUCCCAACGCCCUUGACCGGAUGGGUGGUGACAUCCCUGUCCCCAAGAGGUGGGACAUCGCUGUCCCCAAAAUCUUUUGGGGUGGUGACAUCCCUGUCCCCAGCGUCCCUCAGGAUGGUGACAUCCCUGUCCCUGACAUCUUUGUCCCCAAGAACUGGGACGUCCCUGUUCCCAGCAUCCCUCAGGGUGGUGACAUCUUUGUCCCUAAUGUCCCUCAGGAUGGUGACAUCCCUGUCUCCAGGAAUUGGGACAUCCCAGUCCCCAACGUCCUUUGGAACGGUGACAUCUCUGUCCCAAAUAUCCCAUGGGAUGGUGACAUCCUUGUCCUCAAGAGCUGGGACAUCCCUGUCCCCAGUGUCCCUCAGGGUGGGGACAUCCCUGUCCCCAGGAGCUGGGACAUCCCUGUCCCCAACAUCCUUGUCCCGAAGGGUUGGACCAUCCCACUCGACAGUGUCCCUGUCCCCGACGUCCUUCAGGGUGGUGACAUCCGUGUCCCUGAUGUCCUCCAUGUCCCUGACGUCCCCGGUGUCCCCAUUCCCGACGUCUCCGGUGGCCCCAGUGUCCCCAUUCCCGAUGUCUCCAACGUCUCUGGCGUCCCCAUUCCCAACGUCUCCGAU